AUGGAGGACUACGAACGGGAGCUGUACGGAGUCGAGGACGACUUCCACAGCCAGUUCGCGGCCGAGCUCGAAGUGCUGGCCGAGCUGGAAGGAGCAUCGGCUCUGCCGCCCGCCAGGACCCCUCAGCCCCCAGCGGGCCGACCCCGGCUGACUUUUGAGGAGGCCAUCACCGGAGGGGAUGCUGCCACCCACCCCUGUCCAGUCAGGUCGCUGCAGAAGAGCAAGGACGGUGCCCGAAAGAGGGACCUAGACAUUGCUGUGCAGGAGGACGUGCCCCUGCCCCCCACCCCCAGGAUCAAACGGCCGCGGCUGGAGGCCGUCAAGAGGCUGAACUUUGGGCCAGAGGAGAUGGAAGAGCUGCCACCUGACUCCCCACCGCCGGGCAUCACUCCCCCACCGAGCCCUGAGGUCCCCACCAAGCUGUGGGACAUCGGGCUCCUGGACACUGGAGCGGACACAGGUCCCACGCUGGCCUCGCCGGCCACCCGCCAUCCUGUCCUGCGGCGGCCACCAGUCCUGGAGGACUACGUCAAUGUGACAUCAACCAGUGGCAGGCGGGCCUUCCUGGUGCUACGGGCUGACCCCACGGGCACUGGGGUGCAGGCAAGUGCUGUUCCCCUCCCGGACAUCCGAUGGCGUGGCCACAGCCAGCUGGACCUGCUGGGUGUGCCCUUCUCCUCCCUGAAGGAGCAGGUGGACAACGAGCAGCGGCAGCGGCUGCUUGAGGAAGCCCAGCGGCUCUCGGACGUGCUGCACAGCCUCAGGUCUGAGGAGCAGGCCGCUCAGCCCGUGGGGGCCCCAGAGGAAGAGCCAGAGGCAGCUGAUGGCCGAGAAGCCUCCCAGCACUGCCUGUGGGUGGAUGAAUUCGCACCCCGGCGCUACACAGAGCUGCUCAGUGAUGACUUCACCAACCGCUGCCUGCUCAAGUGGCUGAAGCUGUGGGACCUGGUGGUGUUCGGUCGCGAGAUGCCCGCCCGGAAGCCCAGGCCCAGCGGCGAGCCAGCCCGUGGUGGCAGGGACACAGCAGCUUCCAGCAAGUGGAAGAGCCACGAGCAGGUGCUGGAAGAGAUGCUGGAGGCUGAGCUGGACCCCAGCCGGCGGCCCCGGCAGAAGGUGGCACUGCUGUGUGGACCCCCAGGGCUGGGCAAGACCACCCUGGCCCACGUGAUUGCACGGCACGCAGGGUACUGCGUGGUCGAGAUGAACGCUAGUGACGACCGCAGCCCUGAAGCCUUCCGCACGCGUAUUGAGGCAGCCACGCAGAUGGAGUCGGUGUUGGGCGCUGGUGGGAGGCCCAACUGCCUGGUCAUCGAUGAGAUUGACGGGGCCCCCACGGCUGCCGUCAACGUUCUGUUGAGCAUCCUGGACCGAAAGGGCCCGAAGGAGGUAGGGCCAGGCGACCAGGCUGUUCCCGCAGGCGGGAGGCGGCAGCGCCGGGCAGAGGCGGGGCUCUUGACAAGGCCUGUCAUCUGUAUCUGCAACAACCAGUGCCCUGCCCUGUGGAAGGUGCCCUGCCCUGUGGAAGGUGGCCCUCCCCUGUGGAAGGUGCCCUCCCCUGUGGAAGGUGGCCCUGCCCUGUGGAAGGUGCCCUCCCCUGUGGAAGGUGGCCCUGCCCUGUGGAAGGUGUCCUCCCCUGCCCUGUGGAAGGUGGCCCUGCCCUGUGGAAGGUGGCCUCCCCUGUGGAAGAUUUCCCGGCGGCAGGGCAUGCAGGCUGACCCUGGGGCACUGGCAGCCCUCUGUGAGAAGACGGACAAUGACAUCCGUGCCUGCAUCAACACCCUGCAGUUCCUGCAUGGACAGGGCCGGCGGGAGCUGAGUGUGCGGGCCGUGCAGACCACACGUGUGGGCCUCAAGGACCAGCGUAGGGGCCUGUUCGCCGUGUGGCAGGAGGUCUUCCAGCUGCCCCGGGCCCAGAGGCACCGUGUGGGCCAGGACCAGGCCCCGCCUGCCCAUGCACUGCUGACCGGGGCAGAUGGGGGACCCUGCUCCUCCGAGGGGGCCUUGACCUCAGCCUCGCAGCGUUUCCACCGAGUGCUGCUCGUGGCCGCCUCCGCUGGUGACCACGGGAAGGUGGUGCAGGGCCUGUAUGACAACUUCCUGCGGCUGCGGCUCCGGGACCCCACGCUGGGCUCCGUGUGUAGCGCCCUGGACUGGUUGGCCUUUGAUGACCUGCUGGCCCGAGCGGCCCUGCACAGCCAGAGCUUCCAGCUGCUGCGCUACCCGGCCGUCCUGCCCGCCGCCUUCCACCUGCUCUUCGCCGCCGUCCACGUGCCACACCUGACCUUCCCCAGCAGCCAGCAGGAGGCCCAGGACAGGAUGAGCCAGACACAGAACCUGAUCCAGACGCUGGUGUCGGGCGUCACACCCUGCGCCCGCAGCCGCACCACGCCCCGGGCCCUCGUGCUGGACGCCCUCGGGCUUCUCCUGGACAUUUUCACGCCCAGGCUGCGCCCCGUAAGCACACAGCUGUACAGUGCCCGCGAGAAGCAGCAGCUGGCCAGCCUCGUGGGUGCCAUGCUGGCCUAUAGCCUAACGUACCGUCAGGAGCGCACACCCGACGGGCAGUACACCUACCGGCUGGAGCCGGACGUGGAGCAGAUCUGCCGCUUCCCGGAGCUGCCCGCCCGCAAGGCGCUCACCUACCAGGCCAAGCAGCUCAUCGCCCGGGAGAUAGAGCUGGAGAAGAUGCGCAGGGCGGAGGCCUCAGCCCAGGCCGCCCAGGGCCCCCAGGUGAGGCCGCCCCAGUGAGCGGCACCCCCGGGUGAGGGGCUUGUUCCUGCUGUGGGUCAGGAGAAAGGGGUGCAGCACCCCAUCCCCCGCAACCAUGAGCAGCGCCUGGAACACAUCGUGAGGAAAGCCACCUUCCAGGAGCAGCCCGAGAGAGACUUCUUCGGGCGCGAGGUCGUCAGGAGCGAGGCCGCCCUUGGCAAGCGUGAGGCCCCCACAGAGGACGCAGUGGAGUGGUGCGUUGGUGCUGCUGUGGGCAGGAGCCAUGUCUGGUUCCGGUUCAACGAGGGCGUGUCCAACGCCGUGCGGCGUCGGGUGUAUAUCCGGGACCUGCUGUAG